GCAACACUAAGUCUGUGUGAGCUGCGAGCUCACACAAGUUGACACAAGUUGUCAAAUUGUUUAAGUUUGUGUGGAAAGUAAUACAAAAGUUGACUGAUAAAUGCGAGCAGCCAAAGUGACGUGACAAUAGUUUUGAUGCUAAGAAUUAGUUAGAACUGAGAUGAGUUCGAGAGCCCAGGAAGCGGAAAGUGCCUUUGCCGUUGGAGUUAUAGUGCAGCAGCUCGAUGAACUGCAGCAGGGCGAGCAGCAGCAGCUAGAGCAGCAAGAGCAGCAGACGCUGCCGCCAGACAGCCAGACAGGUGACAAUGAAGCGCCCUUGGACUUUUUGCAGUUUCUCAAAACGCUGGAGGACGCGCCGCUGCCCAGAGCAGCGCCGCAGACAAUCGAAACGCAAACUGUGCAUGUCUCGGGUGAGGGCUUGGAGCUGGAGCUGCGACUGAAUACGGAGUCAACGCUGGGGCAACUGAAUAAACAUCAAUUUACACACAAACUGUUUGUGGCCACAAGCAGCGAGCUGGUCGGAUUUGUUAAUUGGGCAGCGCAGGGGCAGCUGCUGCAAGUGGACUAUUUGGAGCUGCAGGAGCAUUUGUCGGCUGGACAGCAGCGCAUCUUUGAGCAGCAGAGUGUGCUGGAGUUCAAUCAGCAGCUGCUGCGUCUGGGAUUUCAGCGCGUGCCGCAGUCAGCGGCGCAGGCGGAGCAGGAGCAGCGUCCACAGCUUUACUAUCAGCACAAGCAGUUCAAGCAGUGCAAGCCGCAGCAGCUGCUGAGCAUGAGCACACCCAGAACUAAGCGCUCUUUGGCUGCUGCUGUGGAGUCGCCGCUGGAGCUGGCGCGCAGUCGCUUUCUCACUCUUUUGAACUAUCACAACGAUGUGCGUUUGUUGCAGGAGCGCGAGCCCAGCGCGGAGCAGUUUCUGCCACGUCGUGGACGCAUUGGCAGCCAGCGGCAGUCCACAGUGCCGCUGACGCCAGCACUGGCCGCCAAGCAUGUCAAUCCCAAGGACUCAGUGCUGCAUUUUGAAAGCGGCCAUGUGCCGGAGUAUGCAGGAUUCUAUGGCCAGGUGGAGCCCACGCUCAUCAACGAAUUCUUUGCCGAGUAUUUGCCACGCUAUGGCAGUCACACCUUGGGCUACAAGGAGGUCGUGGUGGAUGCCAGCAAGGCGAAUGGUUUUCAACAGAAUCUGCCCAUUGGCAUUGUCUACUCCGAGGAUGAAGACGACGAGCUGCUGCAUCCGGAUAAUCCAGACUACAUAGCGCCGCCGCCGGCCGCAGUCACUGCUCAAUCUGAGCCACAACUGGAGCACACGCCCAACGAUGACUUUGAGCUGGAGCAAGUGAUGCAAGAGCUUUGUGGCGUCACUAACGAAACGGAUGAGCUGAAGCUGCCAAGUCCAAGCAAAACAAAAGGCAAGCGCAAAAAGUCACUGCGAAAAAUCUUAGCCGAGUCGGACUCCGAUGAAUUGCCAGAGCAGCCCGUCGAAGCAGAAGCGAAAGAAGCUGCUGAGCCUGAGCCUUCAGUGAAAGCUGAAGCAAUUGCUGAGGCACUAGCAACUGAAGAAACUGCUACGAAGCCAGCAAAGGAUGAAGAGCACCAAGCUACAGUCAAAGCGCCAGCGGUCAAGCGUCGUCGAUACGAUCUGCGCAACUCAAAAUCAAGGCGCACUCGUUGAGCCAAGACUGAAACCCAAACUAUUGUUAAUCUACAAAUACAUAUUUUUAAUUAUAAAUGUUGCC